AACAUCGCAGCGGAUUGCAUCUUAUUUUUUUCACACCUGCUUGAUCUUUUACUCUUGGUGCUGGAGAACCAGGGCCCCGCGGAUGCCCCAGGCAGCCGGGGCACAGUGAGCUUUGUCCCCAGUGUCCCCUCUCUGGAGGGGUGGGGCACCCAAGUGGUCAUUCCAGGAAAGAGGGUGAUGAGGAGGCGUUUCUGCAAAGCAUCGGGGCAUCUCGGGACUGACUGCCGGUGCUAGCCCGCUGUCCCACCCCAGCGGCAGGCUAGUGCGGGUGGAAGGUCUGAUGGCCCAGGGAUCCUGGGCUUCUUAGGGGUUCCUGGCGGUAGCUGGACCCUCGCUGGCUCCCUGGCCCCAGGAUAGCCACCUGCAGCUCUAUCCAUGGCGUUUGCUGAGCUCCUGGAGCGUGCAGGGGGAGGGGGUCUCUUCCAGGCCCUGCAGGUCUUCACUCUCCUGCUCCCUUCCAUCUUGGUGCCUCCCCAGCUGCUGAUGGAGAACUUCUCGGCUGCCAUCCCCGGCCACCGCUGCUGGGCCCAUGUGCUGGACAAUAGCUCUGAGGCCCCUGCAAACCUCACCUCCGAGGCCCUCCUGACCAUCUCCAUCCCACCAGGCCCCAACCACGAGCCCCACCAGUGUCUCCGCUUCCGCCAACCACAGUGGCAGCUCCUGGACCCCAACGCCACGGCCACCAACUGGAGCGAGGCUGCCACGGAGCCGUGCGUGGACGGCUGGGUGUAUGACCACAGCACCUUCACCUCCACCAUCGUGUCGGAGUGGGACCUAGUGUGUGAAUACCAGGGCCUGAAGCCCAUGGGCCAGUCCAUCUACAUGGCCGGGGUCCUGAUGGGGUCUGUCUUCUGGGGCCUCCUCUCUGACCGGUUUGGGCGGAAGCCGGUGCUGAGCUGGUGCUGCCUGCAGGUGGCUUUGGCCAACACCAGCACCAUCUUUGCUUCCAAUUUCCUCAUCUACUGUGGCCUCCGGUUUUUGAGCGCUUUUGGAGUGGCCGGCAUCAUCAUGAUCUCAGUGACACUUGUGGCGGAGUGGACCACGACCCGCAGAAGGGCUGUCACCAUAACAAUCGUGGGAUGCUCCUAUAGCCUGGGCCAGAUGACCCUGGGGGCCAUGGCGUUCGUCCUGCGGGACUGGCGAGCCCUCCAGCUGGCCAUGUCGACGCCCUUCUUUGCUAUCUUCCUGAUCUCCUGGUGGCUGCCAGAGUCUGCCCGAUGGCUGAUUAUCAUGGGCAAACCAGAACAAGCGCUUCGGGAGCUCAAAAAGGUGUCCAGGAUAAAUGGCCACAAGGAAGCCACGAAGUCACUGACUGUAGAGGUGCUCAUGACUAGCAUGGAGGAGGAGGUGGCCUCCUCGAAGGCCCGCAAGUCAGUGCUCGACCUGUUUCUCGUGCCCGUGCUCCGCUGGCGAAGCUGCAGCAUGUUCCUGGUGAGCUUCUCCCAGAUGAUCUCCUACUACGGGCUGGUCCUUGACCUGCAAAACCUGGGGAGUGACAUCUUCCUCCUCCAGGUCCUCUUCGGAGCUGUGGACUUACUGGCCCGGGCCACUACCACUUUCUUGCUCAGCUUCUUGGGCCGCCGCAUGACCUUGGCCAGCUUCCAGACCAUAGCUGGCCUCUCCAUCCUGGCCAACAUACUGGUCCCCCAAGAUUUGCAGACCCUGCGCGUGGCCUUCGCUGUGCUGGGAAAGGGAUGCUUUGGCAUAAGCUUAACCUCUAUCUCUGUCUACAAGCCUGAACUCUACCCAACUGUACUGCGGAUGACAGCAGAUGGCUUCCUGCAGUCGGCAGGUCGUCUGGGGGCUGUGUUGGGCCCCCUAAUCAGGCUGACUCGCCAGGCCCUGCCCCUGCUGGCCCCCAUCUCCUAUGGUGUCAUUCCCAUCGUUUCCAGCCUCAUCCUCCUGCUCUUCCUCCCAGAGACCCAGGGACUUCCACUUCCUGACACCAUCCAGGACCUGGAGAGCCAGAAAUCAGCAGCUGCCAGGGGCAAGCGUCAAGAGGUGAUCAUUACAGAAAGUACCUGGUUCUAGCAACUCUGCCUGUGUGGAGCCUCUUUGGCUAAAGAUCCCUAUGAAGGGAAUUGCCUUCUCUCCAGUGGAGGGUGGAAGCAGUUUGGAGACUCCUGAGGGUCUGGCGUGGCCGGUGCCAGGCUGCUGGGCUGAGCGCCAGCAUUGCCAUCCACUGAGGCUGAAGGCUGCUUUCCCACUCACUUCUCUUCCCCCACAUCCUGGUCAGAUGCUCCCCCAACCUCAGGCCUGCAGACCCUGGCCGGUUAACAGGAUGGCCCGUUAACCCCUGCCAGGCUCUCCUCUUCACACCUUCAUUCAGAACUCCUGACUCACUUCACUGAGCUGGGAGCUGCAGGUUUCUUACCUCUGAUCUACCAGAGCAGAUCAUAGGACAGAAAGGGAAGGAUCCGGGGGCACCUGGGAAGCUCAGGUGAUGAAACGUCUGCCUUCAGCUCAGGUCAUGGUCCCAGGGUCCUGGGAUCAAGCCCCACAUUGGGCUUCCUGCUUGGCAGGAAGUCUGCUUCUCCCUCUCCCUCUGCCUACUGCUUCCCCUGCUUGUGCUCUCUCUCUUUCUGUCAAAUAAAUAAAUAAAAUCUUUAAGCAAAAAAAAAGGGGGGGGGGUUGGGGAAGGAUCUGGACUGAUCUGGGUCCCCGGUCUCUCCUCCACCAGAGUCCUCAUCUGUAAAAUGGAAAUAAUCAUGGAACCUACCCCUGGGGGCAGGGGGAGGGUAAUAGGGUUAACAGAUCUUAGCACAGACAAGAGUCCAACAGAACCUGCUAACAGAAGUGCCAGGUACAGGUGUUCAGGUUGUCCUCUGCCCAAGGCACUAGCUGAGGAGACCUGUGGAGGCUGAAAUCCCACCUAGGCUGCACUGGCCCAGAAGUUGUGUUCAUCGCCUCCUACAUACCCGUUGGCAAGGGAGAGCUUCCUGCCUGUGAUUUUGGGAUGGUCUAACACUAGACAGCUGAGACCAGUUGUUGUGUUCAUUACUUACAGGUACUCACAGCCCAGGGGGAGCGGUGCCACACACAGAAACAGCGUGAACUAGCAGGGGCUGUGGGAGGCAGACUUUGUAACACCAAGAAGGCAAAGUGACCCCUAUUCCCAAGGGAGGAUGUGAUUGGCUUGUCCAAGGAAUCUCACGCAUGGACAGGGAACUGAAGCCCCCUGCUCAGGAGUAACAGGAAUGGCACCUGGUUGCUAAAAGUGUUGUUUGCUAUGGGAACUCCACAGGAGCAGUUGGGGCAGGGCUUGCAAUUCUAUCAUUCAAGACCCUCAUGAUUUCCCUACAUGUCAAGGCAGCAUACAGUAUUAGGCCUUUAUUUGAGGCCUCACAACACAGGGGACCCUUUGGUUUUUUGUCUGUCUCAAGUAGUCACACCUUUGCCUAAUUCACACAAAGAUCCUCCCUGUGCUGACAGCAGCCCAUGCUGCUAAAACUGUGGGAUCAUUGAGACUGACCACCUACUUUAGAGGUGAGGAAACAAAAGCUCAGAGAGGUGGAGUGACAUGCUUGGUUGGAGUCACACGGCUGAGCUCUGGCUGGGCUCCCAGUCUAAAGCUCUUUCUUGCACCUCAAUCUCCUCACCCUCAUCUGCAGCCAUGUCACAGAGUUACUCCCACACCCUUCCCUGGAGAGCCAGACCCUCUAGACAACUGUCCAUUCUCUUUGGAUGAUUCAGGGAAGCCUCAAGCCACAAAUAUCCCCAUUUCCCUAAAUCCGACGCACACUAGACCAAUCAAACACAAUUCAAAUAAAAUCCCCUAUCUGCUUAAAACCCUCUAGUGGCUCAUGAUAAAGAUCACACUUCCCCAUCAACAGGUCCCAUGGGUCUCUAGCCUUGCUUCACGUGUAAUAAACUUUUAAAAAUUCAAAUUA